CAAGUCUGAGAAUUUUCUGUAGAAACAAAAACAAAAAAAAAAACUGAAUUUUUUCUAGCGAAACAAAAAAAGUUUCCGAUUCUGCAUAUGUUCUGAGGAUGCCAGCUACGGAUUUUCAAGGAUCAUUUGGAAGGUCGUUGCUUAGUUUACGGCGAGACCAAGUUGACUCAUCAGCCGUCGGCGGGAAUAGCAGCCACCACCACGAGCCAAGCAACAUGGAGGUUGAGCUUGAUUCGUUUCAGAGACAAGUCGCUGAGAAAUUCAUCGAUCUCAACGCCUCUUCCAACGAGCUUCUCUCUCUCGAAUGGAUCGGAAAGCUUCUUGAUUCUUUCCUCUGUUGUCAAGAAGAGUUUCGAGCUAUCGUCUUCAACCACCGUUCUCAGAUCUCUAAAUCUCCCAUGGACAGAUUGAUUUCUGAUUACUUCGACCGCAGCAUCAAAGCUCUCGAUGUCUGUAACGCUAUCCGCGACGGUAUCGAGCAGAUCCGUCAAUGGGAGAAACUCGCCGACAUCGUCAUCUCUGCUUUGGAUUGUCAACACCGCUCCAUCGGAGAAGGACAGCUCCGGCGAGCUAAGAAAUCUCUCGUUGAUUUAGCAAUCGGAAUGCUCGACGAGAAAGAUCAUCCUUCUGGGACCAAUCUAGCUCACCGGAACCGUUCGUUCGGAAGAGUCAAAGACAGUCACCACCGCUCGAUUGGUCAUUUCAGAUCUCUUUCUUGGAGUGUUUCAAGAUCAUGGUCAGCUUCUAAGCAGUUACAAGCUCUAGCUAAUAACUUAGCAACGCCUCGACCAAACGACAUUCUUGCGAGCAAUGGUUUGGCUGUACCGGUUUACACAAUGACUUCGGUUUUGCUUUUUGUGAUGUGGGUUUUGGUAGCUGCGAUUCCUUGUCAAGACCGUGGAUUGCAAGUUAACUUCUUUGUGCCUAGGCAUUUCCAAUGGGCAGCUCCGGUUAUGUCGUUGCACGAUAAGAUUGUUGAGGAAUCUAAGAGAAGAGAUAGGAAGAAUUGUUGCGGUUUGCUCAAGGAGAUUGAUAGGAUUGAGAAGAGUUCGAGGUUGAUGAAUGAAUUGAUCGAUUCGAUUCAUCUCCCGUUGAAUGAUCAGAAGGAAGUUGAGGUAAAACAGAGAGUUGAUGAGCUUGUUCAGGUUCGUGAAGCUUUGAGAAAUGGUUUGGAUCCGUUUGAGAGGAAAGUUAGAGAAGUUUUUCAUCGGAUUGUGAGAAGCAGAACCGAGAGUCUUGAUUCUCUUUGAUCUUUUUUGAACAUGUUUGUCCGAAUAUGAUGAUGAUGCUUCAUACUUGGAUUCUUUUUUUUUUCUUUUCUAAUUAUCUUUUUUGAUCACAUGUAAAAAUAGAACUCAAAGAGUGUAGAAGCUAUCUUCUUAUCUCUUUGUGAUGCUAAUGGUGAUGAUAUUUUCUUUUGUUUAGUACCAAAUACUAAAUUGAGGUUCCUGAAUGACUCAUUUAUCGAACUUGUACG